AGGUUUUUGACCAUAGUAAGCAUUCUUUGUUUCGUUUCUUCUUUUUCUUUAAGCAAUGUCGGUGCUAUCAUCGCCUGCUAUUGCACAACAUGACAUGCAAACAUUAUUUUCAAAAAGAAGAUGGGUUCGAGGACCAAGAACAAAUUUGAUUACACCGCUCAAGGUCUCUAUGCCUCAUUCUGGGGAGCAAGAAAAGACACUAAAUCAAUCCUCAGGCACAACCACAGCCGUUGGAUCUCCUUCUUCAGUCAAAAUCUUAUUUCCUUCACUUUCCAUGUUCAAUUUACCAACUAUGUUACAUGGCACAUCUCCUAUGUCACCACUACCUCCUCCCCCACCUGCUCUUUCCCUUCCUCCGACCACAGCAAAUCCUGAAUUUUCCUCGCCUCCACCUCAAUUCGCAGUCGAUUAUAAACGCCCAAGAUUCUUCAAAAAACCAAAACUCAGAAAACGACGCAUUCAAAAGGGAUAUCCAUCAGCAUUCGAAACAUUUUUAUUUGACGACACACUUCCUGGUAUACCCAACAAAGGCAUUCGACCCGUCAGUCUACUGAUUGAGAGACUAGAGGCAUGGUAUCUACUAGCCAAAAGGCUACUUCAUCAUUUUGAACUAUUGGCCAGCGUGGAGACAAAAGUAGCGAAAAACUAUCGCAAGCUGGAAUACAUGACGAUUUUUCCUACCGCAGAUAAACACGAUCAGUAUCGAAAAGACUUGAGACCCAUCAACUUUUACAAGAGACAACAACGUGCACUUUAUAAAGAUCAACGUCUUUUACAGAUCCAUUUUGCUUUCCAGGGAGGCAUUCGUAGUGUCUGUGAUGCAUGGCAAAACUAUCAUACCAACACAACUAAAGAUCAUGCUGAGUUCGCAACAUUUUUAAGAAAUGAAGCCAUUCCUACGCUGUCGAAUAUCAAACGCGAAUUAAAAUGGAUGAUCAAGUCAAUUCGUGCUGAUGAUAGAUUAUCCCUGGUGACUUUAACAAACUUAAAAAGAGAGGCUGCCAAGCGAUUAAAGCGAUUGGAUAGACAAUUAGUAUUUUUCGAUCAGUAUCCUUACCAUGGACAUAGCAAACGAGAUCCUUGGCUAGUUAAUGCAGCCGUCGUAAAGCAAAUGAUUAAAGUGUAUUGCCAAGAAAACAAAAUUCACGAAACUGUAUUAAGACUUCAACGAGAAACGCUCAUUUCAGAAGAACAUCUAGUUGAAGAAUUCCGUCGUCUCUGCCAGCAUAUUUACAAAAUGCGUGACCAGUCUAGUUUAGGUGUAGACAGAGGCCUUGAGAGAAUCAUGUCUAUUUUUGACAAAAUACAGAUGGACAGCGACUGGCUUAACUUUAGUCAGCAUCAUCAAACACAUCUUGUUUCCGAGAGCGCUGCUUUUCGUCAUCCAGAUCACCUGCAAUACCCUAAUCAUUCUCAUAUUCUCUUACAACCUAUUUUUGCUGCUCGUAUGGAGCGCAGAUCACGUAUUUUACAUCAUUGGCAUGAAUACAUUUAUGUCUUGACACCCGCUGGAUUUCUGCAUGAGUAUCGCACUACACAGCAUUAUCCUGCGCACCCAGAUGCUACUAUUUUUGUACCUCAUUACAAGGUAUCUUCGCUAGCAACCAAUCUACAUCAUAAUUUGAUAUUUCAACUACAGCCACAUGCUGCCUCACGCAAUUUGCUUCAACAUCAUCAUGAAGUCUUGCCAAAACAGUGGCGUACAUCAAAACAACGUUGGGGACUGCAUGAUCGCAUGACUUGGACAUUAAGAGCCAAGUCUGCUGCAGAUAUGGAGACCUGGCUACAUCAUUUGACUGAGAGUUCUGAGCGUUAUCGACCUACGACGGUCAACGUAUUAGCCUAUUCAAAUGUAGUUUUGCCAGAAAUAGUUGUUGACUCUACAGAAGAAAGUGAAGUAAAAGAAGAGCAAGAAAAGAAGGAAGAAGAAAAAGAGCAAGUAAUUGAAACAAGUGAUGAAGUUCCAGCUGUAGAAGAGGACUCAGCUCCUGUUGAAACAGAAACAGAAGAAGUAGCAGCAUCGGAGCCUGUUGUUACUGAUCCUGUUGUCGCUGAAGAAGAAAAAGAAGCUCCUGCUGAAGAUGCAGAAACCACCGAACCUGAACCAAUUGCUUCUGAAGAGCCACCUGCUGUUGAGGAAGCCACAUCCACAGAAGAAGUUGCUGAACCAGUAGAUGAUGCAGUUGUCGAGUGAUAAAU